AUGGAUCUUAGCAAGGCUUAUGACUCUAUUGAUUGGUAUUUUUUGGAGGAUCUUUUGAAAGCGUACUGUUUUCCUAGUCGCUUUAUUCAGUCGAUUAUGGUGUGUUUGAAGGGAACCUCCUAUACUCUAUUAAUGAAUGGUAGAUUGCAUGGAGGAUUCUGUGGGAAGAAAGGCUUGCGUCAGGGAGAUCCCAUAUCUCCUCUUCUGUUUGUUUUUGUCAUGGAGUAUCAUACUAGACUGCUUAUUCAGGCUUCUCAACACAAGGAUUUCAGAUUUCACCCGUUGUGUAAACGACUGAAUCUUGUCAACUUAUGUUUUGCAGAUGACCUCAUCAUAUUUUGCAAAGGUUCUCUUAGGUCUGUUCAGAUUCUUUAUGUUGGUUUUACUAAGUUUAGUCAGGAUUUUGGGAUUAUUACUAACUUGACUAAAUCCCAUAUUUACUUUGGUGGUGUUUCCACUGAUGAAAAGAAGGUCAUUAUGGAUUGUGUCAACAUAGAGGAGGGGUCCUUUCCCUUAAAUUCUUUGGGUGUGCCUCUUCGGCCUACAAAAUGGAAGACAGAGGACUAUGGCUUGAUCAUUAAAAAGCUUCAAAGUUGUCUUCAUUCUUGGUCUAGCCGGCAUCUUUCUUUUGUAGGGAGAGCUCAGUUGAUUCAAUAUGUUUUGUUGGGUAUUAGGUCGUAUUGGAUGAGCAUUUUUCUUCUUCCUCAUCGAGUUAUUCUUGACAUUGAUAGGAUGUGUAGGAACUUCUUAUGGGGAGCCAAUGGCAAUCGAAACAAGCUGCAUUUAUCUUCCUGGGAGCGGGUUUGUUUACCUAGGAACUUCAGGGGUAUUGGCUUUAAAGAAGGUUCUAAAUGGAAUAACAUUUUUCUGGCCAAGUAUGUUUGGGCGAUUUCGUCUAAACAAGAUUCGUUGUGGGUUAAAUGGAGUGUUGCUAUUUAUCUCAAAGGGCAGAAUUUCUGGAAUUAUAGAUUACAAACUGAUAUGAGUUGGUAUUGGAGGAAGUUAGUUAAGCUAAGAGAUGUUUUAUCUCUUGAUUCUUUGGAGGCUUCGGUUUCCAAUGGAAAGCUGAAUCGUUCUAGUGUGAACAAUCAGUUGCUUCAGAAGGAAAAGGCUAGUUUUGCUAAGGUUGUUUGA